CAUGUGAAUGGUAAUGAUGACAAAUGGUGGGGAAUUGAGUGGGGACCCGAUUAUUAACUUAAUAUCCAAUGGUCAAUGAGUUAAUGGAACUAUGGAAGUCACCAGAUGAUGAAAAACAUUGUCUUCUUCUUCACAACAACGCGUCCAGGUCCAGGUUAAGUUGUUCCAUUCAAAACUUGAAAAUAGCUUCUGCGGCGGGGAAGCUGCGCGCACCGACAGUGUAAUUAAAUUAAACAAACAAAGUAAAAAACCAACAAACAGCAAUAGUUGCUGCAGCGAGGGAACAUGACAACAAACCUGAAACUGACGGAGAGUGCACCGUCAACGGAAACUGACGGGGAUGCCGCACCGGUGUCGGCGAUGCGGUCGAGCACUGGGGUCGACGGAGAGGACUCGCGCGGGUUCGACAGAGAGGUUGCGGUGCUGGAGUGGGCUGCUAUGUUGCGGUUCGUCCAUCUGAGUGCGCCGGUGUCUCGAUUGGGGUUCCAAUUGGGCGGCGAGAUUCGUGAUCGUGAGGGUUGGCGGCUGGGUUAGGCAGGCAGAGAGCAAGAAUGCGAGAGAGGGGAGGGGAAUUAUUAAUCUGUAAUUACUAAUUCAUUUUCCUAAUAGAGAACCAAUUGCAAGUUUGUAAAUAAGAGAAUACUAUCGUCGCACUGCGUCCUGCAAUUCCGGUAUCGGAAAACCGGCUUUCCGUCGGUUAGCUAGCUUCCGGGUGUCGGUAUACCGCCGUCCCAAAUUCCCAUUCCGACAACCGUUACCACCCGGUUAACGGUUUAACCGGUAAUUGCGGUUACCGGUACAGUUACCGGUUAAACCGUUAACCGGGAAUCCGAAUCACAGCCCUACCAAGUACUAUUUCUUCGUUGUCUCGUCUUUAUUAUUUUUUAUAGGUUACUUCCUACUUAAAUUUGUGAGCACUGAGCACAAAUCGCAUCAAACAGUCAUGUUCAUAUACAAUUUCAAAAAUGAUAUUCAGAUUUUUUUAAUCACAAAAUUAAAGGCUGAAAUUUGAA